CCACACGUGCAGCUGAUCGUGUCCGGAACUGUUUUGGUUUUCUUGUGUCCAAAUUUUAAAGACCGUCGUUGCAGUUUUCUCGACAUUAUCGGUCACCAUGAGCGAGAGGAACAGGAACCAGCUUCCCAACAACCUCCCCCAGCUGCAAAACCUCAUCAAAAGGGACGCAGAAUCAUACAGAGAGGAGUUCUUACAGCAGUACCGACAUUACCAGUCCAAUGUGGAGAUCUUCCGCCUGAAGCCUCAGCAGUUCUCCAAGAGCCUGGAUGACCUGGUGAUGUUUCUGGCACAGGUGGCCCAUGCCUAUCCUGAAGAUCUGGCUGACUUUCCCCAAGAGUUGAAAGAUCUCCUUAAACAGCACUGUACAGUGUUAGACCCCUCCUUACGAAUGACGUUCUGCCGAGCCUUGAUCUUGCUGCGCAACAAGAGUCUGAUCUCUCCAACAAGCCUUCUGGAGCUGUUCUUCGAGUUGUUCCGCUGCCAAGACAAACUCCUUCGGAAGACCCUGUUCACGCACAUAGUGACAGAUAUCAAGAAUAUCAAUGCAAAGCACAAGGACAACAAACUCAAUACAACAUUACAGAACUUUAUGUACACCAUGCUGAGAGAUAGCAGUGCCAUCGCUGCAAAACAGUCCUUGGGAGUGAUGGUUGAGCUAUACCACCGAAAUGUGUGGAAUGAUGCGAAGACAGUUAAUGUCAUUGCCACAGCUUGCUUCUCCAAAGUUACUAAGAUUAUGGUUGCUGCGCUGAAAUUCUUCCUUGGGAAAGAUGAAGAUGAGGAGGAUGGCAGUGAUUCAGAGUCUGAGGAGGAGGGGCCAACGGUAAAGGACUUGAUGCUGAGACACACAGUCGCCCACAAGACCAGGAAGAGACAGAAGAAACUAGAUAAGGCUUUGAAAGCCUUGAAGAAACACAAGAAGAAGAAGAAAGCUGAACCCUUCAACUUCUCUGCACUCCAUCUGCUACAUGAUCCACAAGACUUUGCGGAGAAGCUCUUCAAGCAGCUGGAAUCAUCGACAGAGAGGUUUGAAGUCCGACUCAUGACCAUGGACCUCAUCUCUCGUUUGAUUGGACUCCACCAGUUGAUCCUCUUCAACUUCUACCCCUUCCUGCAACGGUUUAUGCAGCCCCACCAGAGAGAGGUGACCAGGAUUCUACUCUGUGCUGCCCAGGCCUCCCACACCCAGAUACCUCCUGAUAUUCUACAACAGAUGUUGAUGACGAUAGCCAACAAUUUCAUCACUGAGAGAAACUCAAAUGAAGUAAUGACAGUUGGGUUAAAUGCAGUACGAGAGAUCUGCACCCGAGCCCCACUGGGCAUGAGUGAGGAUCUGCUCCGAGAUCUGGCUCAGUACAAGAACUACAGAAACAAAAAUGUGUUGAUGGCUGCACGCUCCCUGAUCCAGCUUUACCGACAAGUCAACCCUGCACUGCUGCACAAGAAGGACAGGGGCAAGCCCACAGAGGCCAGCGCUGAGGUGAAGGCUCUCCAGUAUGGGGAAGUGGAUGCAAAAGACUAUGUGCCGGGGGCAGAAGUGCUUCCAGAAGAGCAGCCACAACAAGAAGGUGAAGAUGAAGAGUGGGAGGAUGCCAGCUGUAGUGAUGAUGAUGAUGACAGUGAGGGAUGGGUGGACGUGCAGCACUCCUCAGAUGAAGAACAGGAAGAAGACACUACAGAGGAGGGUGAGAAGUUGACACCAGAGAUGGCCAAGAGAAAGGCCGCUGCCAUCAGCCAGAGUAGGAUCCUGACACAAGAAGAUCUCAAACUCAUCAGAGCAAAACAGAUCUCCAAAGAGAUGGAGAAAGCUGCUCCCAAAGGGAAGGGGAAGAAGAGAAAACAUGUCCAUAUUGAAGACAGAGACACAAGUUCUGAGUUGCCAUCCCUGUCAGACAUUGAGAGGAUCCACAAGAAGCCCAGGACAGACAAGGAAUCAAGACUGGCUACUGUCCAGGCUGGUCGGGAAGGACGAGAAAAGUUUGGUAGCAAAAAGCAGCGCAAAAAGAACCAGCGGUCCGGCACAACAAACAAGGAAAAGCAGAAGAACAAGGCCUUCAUGAUGAUGAAGCAGAAAAGGCAGGUCCGGGGGAAGGGGAAGCGCUCCUUCAGAGACAAACAGAUUGCACUGAGAGAUUUCACUUCUCAAGAGGAAGAAGCAAUCUUAAUCCAGGAAACAUUGUGGAAACUUAAAUUCCUUUUGUGUCAUGAACUUAAGUAACUUUUAUCAUAUAUGUGUAUAUGAAGAACACAUACUACUGGUGAAAAUCAGACUGCCACAAAGGCAGUUAAUGUUCAAAAUCAGAACAAUUUUACUUCUUGCUGCCUCCUCUUUGUCAGGCAUGCAAAGUUUUAGUUUGCUAGUUUCUAAGAGUUUGAUAUUAGUCAUGUUCCAUUCUUUGCAACAUGCAAUGACUACAGUUUAACAAUUCACUUCAAAGUCAUAAGUCAACAUCAUAAUACAUGUAACAGUUACUGUUUCACUCAAUGUCAAUAGCAAUGGUCACCAAUGUUUACUGUAAAUUAUGGAAGCUGGACAGUCAUAAUUCAUUUAUGAUGUGGAAUAAAUCAACUACUGAAAAGUUAA